AGGAAUGCCGAAGUUUGUCAUAAAGAAACAGGAGUUUUGCGUGAUGCUCAUACUUCUUCAACAUCAAAGACUUCUGAAGAAAGGAAAUGUAUAGAGCAAUCGAGAGUUUCUCACUCACAUUUUUCUACGGAACAGAGUUGGAAUGGUCUGAAAACAAGCUAUGUCCAUCCGAAUGUCAAACCUAAAGAUGCGCGGAAAUUAGAAAAGGAGAAGCAAGUUAAACGACACGCAACUGAGGUGGUGAAACCGCCACCUUUGCCUCAUAAGCGAACACAGAUAUCUUCCACCCCCAAUAGCAGUUUCGCCAACUUUGGCGUUCAAUGCGAUUUGACAGAAUUACCACCGCCGGCGAAGAAAAUUCGGGAAGAAGUGAAGAAAUCAAGGCCCUCAAAUGACAACAUAUCUUCCGCAACGAACCCUAGCGCUAUGGUCGUCCCUUCGCUUCCUGAAGUCAUGGAGUGGAACGAGCAUGCGAAUCUGGCCUACCUCUUCAAACGUGGCGCACCAAUAAUUGUAUUGGAUACCUUGCCAGCGGAGGCAAGUUGGUACAUGGAGGCCCUUCAAGCCACUACAACAGAUGACAAAAGCCCUGAGCGAAUGCUAAGCAACAGCAGUGUUCAAGAAAAGAAUAUUUCUGAACGAGAAGUCAUCCCGGACACUGCGGCAGGAAGUGAACAUCAAUGCUUGACUUCUUCUGAGUCUGGUGAAAUUAUGCAACAGAACGAGCAGGAUAAGAAGAAUCUGACAGGUACUUAA